UGAGGGGUGAAGUCUCUUUGUCUGAACUUCCUCUGUGGCUAAAUCUGUGCCCCUUUUAAGGAAACCCAGGGGACUGCACCUAAGAAAAUGGAGGAAGAUAUUCUCAAGGAGCUGUUUUCCAUGCCUCUUGCUGUGCUUGUGUUUUAUUUCCUUUGCCCUUCUUAGAAUGCACCAACUAGAUAGGACAGGUCUUUUUUUUUUUUUUUUUUUUUUUUUAACUUCAGUUUCACUUUCAAGAUUGCAGCAAAUCUGUUCCUGGGAACACGGCUGGAUUUGGACAAGAGGGGCAGUCAGCUUCCGCAGAGUGAGUCAAGGGUGGAAUCAUGAGCCGGAGUCUGCUGUGUAAUAUCUGCUGCUUUUUGGGACUGUUGCCCUUUUGGAUGCAGUGCGUAUCUUCUGCCAGCAGGUGUGCUGUUCAGCAUGAAGUAGCUGACUGCAGUCACCUGAAGUUGACUCAGAUACCGGAUGACCUCCCGGCAAACAUAACAGUGCUGAAUCUGACCCAUAAUCAAAUCAGAAAAUUACCACCUGCCAAUCUUACAAGAUACAGUCAACUUACUAUCUUAGAUGCAGGAUUUAACUCCAUCUCAAAACUGGAGCCAGAAUUGUGCCAAAAACUCCCCUUGUUGGAAAUUUUGAACCUCCAACACAAUGAGCUGUCUCAACUUUCUGACAAAACCUUUAUCUUCUGCCAGAAUUUGUCUGAACUCCAUCUUGGAUACAACUUAAUCCAUAAAAUUCAAAAUAAUCCCUUUAAAAACCUGAAGAAUUUAAUCAGAUUAGAUCUAUCUCACAAUGGCUUAUCAUCGACUAAAUUAGGAACUGAACUCCAACUGGAAAAUCUCCAAGAGCUCCUUUUAUCAAAUAAUAAAAUUCAUGUACUGAGAGGUGAAGAACUUGAUUUCCUUGGCAAUUCUUCUUUAAAAAAAUUAGAGUUGUCUUCAAAUCAAAUUAAAGAGUUCUCUCCAGGGUGUUUUCAUGCAAUUGGAAAAUUGUUUGGUCUCUCUCUGAACAAUGCCCAGCUGGGCCCCAGUCUCACCGAGAACCUUUGUCAGGAACUGUCAAACACAAACAUCCAGACUCUCUCCCUGAGCGGCACCCAGCUGUACAAAACAAGCAACACGACUUUCGCUGGACUCAAGCAGACGAACCUCACCGUGCUCGAUCUUUCCAAUAAUGGCUUAAAUGCCAUUGGCAAUGACUCCUUUGCGUGGCUUCCACAUCUAGAAUAUCUCUUUCUGGAGUAUAAUAACAUAGUACAUUUGUCUUCUCGCUCUUUCUAUGGGCUUUCCAAUGUGCGAUACCUGAACUUGAGAUGCUCCUUUACGAAACAAAGCAAUUCCCUCUCUUUGUCUCCCAAGAUUGAUGAUUUUUCCUUUCAGUGGCUAACAAGUUUGGAGCAUCUUAACAUGGACAAUAACAACUUUCCAGGCAUAAAAAGCAACAUGUUCGCGGGACUCACACAGCUGCGAUACUUAAGUCUAGCCAACUCCUUCACCGGUUUGCAAACGUUGACAAAUAAAACAUUUGAAUCACUUGCUCGUUCUCCUUUACUGAUGCUCAACCUGACAAGAAAUAAAAUCUCAAAAAUAGAGAGGGGAGCUUUUUCUUGGUUGGGACACCUAAAGGUACUGGACCUCGGCAUUAAUGACAUCGGGCAGGAACUCACGGGCCAGGAAUGGAGAGGCCUAGAAAACAUUGUUGAAAUCUACCUUUCCUACAACAAAUACCUGCAACUGACAAGCAGCUCUUUUGCCUCGGUCCCAAGCCUUCGACAGCUGAUGCUCCGAAGGGUGGCCCUUAAAAACCUGGAUAGCUCCCCCUCCCCUUUCCGCCCUCUCACCAAUAUGACCAUCCUCGACCUGAGCAACAACAACAUAGCCAACAUCAACGAUGAGCUGUUGGAGGGUCUGGACAGACUGGAGAUUCUGGAUUUGCAGCAUAACAACUUAGCCCGGCUCUGGAAACAAGCAAACCCUGGCGGUCCUGUGAAUUUUCUGAAGGGUCUUUCUCGCCUCCACAUCCUUAAUUUAGAGUCUAAUGGCUUUGAUGAGAUCCCGGCAGAGGCCUUCAAGGACUUGCUUCAGUUAAAGAGCAUCAGUUUAGGGUUGAAUAAUUUGAAUGUACUUCCACCAUCCAUCUUCGACAAGCAGGCAUCUCUAAAGUCGUUGAGUCUUCAGAAGAACCUCAUCACGUCGGUUGAGAAGGAUGUUUUCGGGCCGGCUUUCAGGAACCUGAGUAAUUUAGACAUGCGCUUUAAUCCAUUCGACUGCACGUGUGAGAGCAUUGCCUGGUUUGUUACCUGGCUCAAUGCUACCCACACCAAUAUCUCUGAGCUAUCAAGCCACUAUCUCUGCAAUACCCCUCCGCAAUACCAUGGUUUCCCAGUGAUGCUUUUUGAUAUAUCACCCUGCAAAGACAGUGCCCCCUUCAAGCUCCUCUUUAUAGUAAAUACCAGCAUCCUGUUGAGUUUUAUCUUUAUUGUACUGGGCAUCCAUUUCGAAGGCUGGAGGAUAUCCUUCUACUGGAAUGUUUUAGUGCAUCGCGCUCUCGGUUUCAAAGAAAUGGAUAGACAGCCAGAGCAGUUUGACUAUGUGGCGUAUAUAAUUCACGCCUAUGAAGAUAGGGACUGGGUCUGGGAGAACUUCUCCCCGAUGGAAGAGCAAGAUCAAACUCUCAGAUUUUGUCUGGAAGAAAGGGACUUUCAGGCAGGUGUCCUGGAACUUGAAGCAAUUGUGAAUAGCAUCAAAAGGAGCAGGAAAACCAUUUUUGUUAUAACACAGCAUCUACUGAAAGACCCAUUAUGCAAAAGAUUUAAGGUGCACCAAGCAGUUCAGAAAGCUAUUGAACAAAACCUGGAUUCCAUUAUCUUGAUCUUUCUUGAGGAGAUUCCAGAUUAUAAACUGAACCAUGCACUCUGCUUGCGAAGAGGAAUGUUUAAAUCUCACUGCAUUUUGAACUGGCCAGUUCAGAAAGAACGGAAAAAUGCCUUCCAUCAUAAACUGCAAGUAGCACUUGGGUCCAGAAAUUCAGUACAUUAGAUUUAUUUAAAAAUUAAAUAAAGGGGUAACUUUCCUAAUUUAAAAAGUUUCAUGGUAAAUUUAAGUUUUACUUGAAAAUUGUGUAAAUCUGUUUGUUUAUAUUUUAUAGGUGAGAGUAUUAUAUCACAGUUAUUUCUCUUUUAUGAAAAUAUUUCUCCUUAUUUUAGACUUUUUAUAACCAAUUGACUUAAUUUGACCCAAAAGAAUCAUAUGGGAAUAUCUCCUAUUAAUGAAUAUACAUAAUUGGUUACUGAGGCCAAUGAAAACUUAAGAAAGUUUUAAGAUAUUCCUUAUUUAAGUGAAGUAGUAGUUAUGGGAGGGUUUGUAAUAGUUAUAUUUGGGGGUUUUUAUGUACUCAGAAUAAAAAAAAUAAUUGUUUUAAUGAGCACAAUGGUAUUUUAAUUAUAAACAAUAGAAUAUAUACCCAUAUUUUUAAAGUUUAAUUACGAUAAUUUUCCAGUUGUAUUUUAGUAGUGCCUAUUCCAGUGUUGAUUUUGUUAAAUUAUAAAUACUAUUUUAAUAUGCAGACUCUAGAGCAGAAAACAUUUGUUAGUAAUUUUGAUUACUUAAGAAAACAAAUGAUUUAAUAAA